UCAGAGCGCACCGUAGAAACAGGAAGCACUAGAAAAGCUACAGCAAAACAAAAACACAGUGGAACGAAAUCAUCUCAAAAUCAUUGUGACUUAAAAUGGACAGUGAAAACCCAAAGCCAAUGAGUAACGAUUCACGCUGCGUAUUUUUUAAUACAGAUUCAGAAGACUAUCGAUGCGUGGUGAUUUUAACAGUAAAAAGGGCCACAGGAACCUUCUCCUUAGUAGGAUGCAUUUUCAUGCUGUUAGUGAUCUGGCUGCUUCGCAGGUAUCAUUCUUUGGCUCAGAAGAUGAUUCUCAGCCUGACUGUAGCUGCCUUCUUUGACAGCGUAGCAUAUGUCAUGGGUGAGUCACAUCCGGAGGGAUCGCUUUGUGACUUCCAGGCCUGGUGGCUAACGUACUUUGACUGGAGUGCCUUGGCCUGGGUUUGCCUCAUCACCCUGAACCUGUACCUCAACCUUGUCAGAGAAGUAAGCACCAACAGAUAUGAGAAGUUGUACCAUCUGAUGGCGUGGGGGGUGCCUCUGGUCAUGGCCUCUUUGCCGCUGCUAAAGGGUUACUAUGGCCCCGCAGGAGCCUGGUGCUGGAUCACAGACGAUCACGUAGCCUGGAGAUUUGGGAUAUGGUACGUGCCUCUGUUCAGCCUCAUCUUCCUGAUGAUCUGCUGCUACGCCAGGAUCAUCUGCGUGGCCAAUGAGAGGAUGCAGUCAUGGUUGGGAACCUUCAACCCAGAGAGAGAGAGACGAAAGGUUUCCUUGGCUGAAGAGAUCAAGCCGUUGAAGUGGUAUCCCUCCGUUUACCUGCUGGUGUCUAUCUUUCCCCUCAUCAACAGGCUCCAUAAUGCCUUCUACCCACAGGAUCCAUCCUUCCCUCUCACCCUGUUGCACGUCCUGUCAGCACCACUCCACGGCUUGGCCAACGCCUUUGUCUUUGGCCUGGAUAGGGAUUGGUGGAGCCUACUGAGCCCUACUGGCAUGCAGCUGGCUCUGCAGUCACGGCUGUGUGACAGGACUCGGAUCGGAGAGUACCACCCCGGGGCGGUGCGCUACACACAGGCUGACCUGGCCGACCUCAGCGAUGACGACGACGAUGACACCAACGUGCUCUUCUACUCUCCUGACAUGACCCUGAAAGACCGAGGGCCCUGAGAGAGAACUGGAGAGAGGGAGAGACAGAGAGGACAAAAGAGCUGGAGGAAAGGAGCACGAAGGGGGGUCACAGCAAGGGAGGAACGCAGCGGAUUAGAAACUGAGAAGGAGGAAGAAGAGGUAGGGAGGGAAUGGAAGGGAAGAUUGGGGGGACAGUCAGGCAGAUAGAAGCCGGAGAUGAGCUGUCAGGUUCCAUUAUUAAUCCCCAUCCUUUACUAUUUAAUAUCCUAAAGACACACACACACAUACUGAGCAGAGCUGCAGCUCCCUGCAAUACUACAGUACCAUCAGAGAGGAGCGAGAGAAGAGCAGAUCUAAAGAUCCUCCUAAUGUUAAAGACAUCUGCUGCAUCCCAAAGGUCUUUAAACGAUUUCCCUCUCUGCACCGCCUUCUUGACUCCGGCAUUCUGCAGUGUUUUUGGCAUACCACAAAUAAAAAAAAAAAUAAAAAAAAGCAUAAAGGACUGCUGAAAGGCAAUCAUAACAAGGUGUUAGUUUAGCAUUCACAGCAAUUACCUUUUCACUUCUCUGCAGGGGAUGAGGUGAAAAGCAGGCCUUUUAAAAAGCACCCUGUGUGUCAGUCGUGAAAGCGUCUGCAUCCACGCUGAGAUUGAUCUGGGUACUGAAUGGUUUUCUAUCCAAUAGGGGGGAGGUGGGGUGCAGUGGAAAUACAGGAGGGGGUUCUGAAAUGGUCACUAGGCAAAUAAGUCCCAAAGGGUGAGUGUUACUGGCAGGGAGACUCUCCUUCCACAGACAGUAUUUGUUUUCUGUUGUUUCUCUUUGCAUAUGACAUUACUGUUGUUGCAACUUUCGCACAAGUAUUCCUUUGAAGGAUUGUUUUUGUAUUUUUUAUGAAAUACUGCAUUUAUUUGUUUUACUGUAUUUAUAACAGAUCAAUGUACUGUAUAUAUUUAAGUGUACACACUAUUUUUGUACGUGCCUUGGACUGGAAUGUGAAGAAAAUGCUUCUCUUGGUCCAAACCUGCUGCUCUCACGUGACAGUCGAACACAACCUGAUUCAGUACAUAUAUAGCCUUAUGAACAACUUUAAAAAAUAAAUAAAUAAAUAAACAUGUUAUUGGUCAAACAUACUCCCGCACACACACAGACAUAUACACACACACAUGCUUUCUCUAAGGUGGCUGUCAAAGCAGGUUGGAAAAGAUGACACACUCACAGCACCCACGGCAUAGCAACAGCCUUCGAUGGUUCAUCAUCUCAUGGCCAUUGUCAGAGGCGCUGAGGGGACAUAGCUGUGGUGUGAUUGGCAGGAUAAUAGAGUCACUUUAUAUUCAACCUCACCCCAUUUGGUUUUUCCUCAUAUCUAGGUGGUUUCAUCACUGUCUGCGCGUGUCGCAGGCUGUCAGCUGCCUCUCUGACAAGUUGAACUAAUGAACCGACACUUGACCCUUUUUACCCUUGAGUUGUUGAACUUUUCUGCUGGGAGUCAAUGACACAAGAGUGCAACUUUAGUUUGCAGGUCACAGAGCCCCACCACUGUAUUACACACACACACACACACACGCACACACAAACGCACAUUGUGCCCCUACCCCUGUUUUGGCACUGUUGCUGGUUUUACUUGACUGUGCACUCCAUCAAAUAAAUGAGCAGGUGAGACAUUUCAUAACAAA